UAAACAUCAUAACAAACCUUCUUCAGCUGCUUGCUGUACAAGCUUGAGGGAACCGUGCUGGAACUAUGCUUGAGAUCGGUGUGUGCUCUCAAGAUAGCUUGGAAUCGCUUCAUUCCCGCGGCUACGCAUUCAAUGUACUCGACAUCUGCCCCGAUGAGGUGGUCGACCAAGCUGGCGUUGCACUCGUUGCAUGUGGAGAUUUGCACUCCAUCGACUCGCUUAUUCGUCAAGAUUCAAUAGACAAGUUUGUGAACGAUAUAGGCUUCACACAGUUCCAUGGUAUGCAUCAAGUAUGCAUACAAGGACCGCAAUCGCAGCAAGAUGCACUUGUUUUCGCUCAGAGUAUCGCUCCUGUUCUGGAGCAGCACACCAUGCUUGAACUCAGCAUUCUUCUACCUCUGUGUCCAGCACCGCUCCUAGAUCAGAGCAAUGAAAUUGACGACAACACGUUGUCCACUUGGCACAUCUGGGACACCAUUCGCUCAGCAUGUUGCUAUGACCACAGGCUACACGUUGCUUUGCAGCUCCCGACAAGACUCCCUUCAGAGACAACGCGCAAUCGUUGGCUUUGCGAAGACGUGCGAAUGAUUUUUAUCUCUGCCAAUAUCUUUCUUGUCAAUUCAAAAGGCUAUCCUGUACUUCCAAAAGCUCAUCAAUCAUUUAUCGGCGCUGCGGCACGCUACUCACCAGCACUUGUACUUCAAGAUAUUGACAGACAUCAAAGACUUGGAGGAGAUGAUGCCUACCUGCAGUACCUUCGCUAUGUUCUCAAAAAUGUCCCUGAGCCGACACCGGCCGAGGCUAGCAUGGCAGGCUACCGAGACUUUCUGCAAACACCGCUGCAACCAUUACAGGACAAUCUACCUUCAGCGACUUACGAAGUUUUUGAACGCGAUCUCAUCAAGUACAAUCAGUACGAACUGGCCAUUACUCGAGCUCUACUGGAUCGGCCUCAUGACGAGCGAACCAUUGUAGCUGUCGUUGGCGCUGGGAGAGGGCCCUUGGUCGAUUGUGCGCUGAGAGCAGCAGAAUCUAGCGAGCAUGUCAUCAGCCUUAUGGUCAUCGAGAAGAAUCCUCACGCAGUACUCGGCUUAAAACGACGCCUCAAGCACGACUGGGCUGGACUGGACAUCACGUUGUUUGAAACGGACAUGCGCGACUGGAAUACCGAGGAAUAUGUCCACAUCCUUGUGUCAGAAUUGCUUGGCUCUUUUGCAGACAACGAGCUGUCCCCAGAAUGUCUCGACGGCAUCCAAGAUGUACUUUGCCCUGAGACUGGAGUCAGCAUACCUUGCCGCUAUACACCGUUUGUCAGUCCACUGAUGGCGCCCAAGCUGCACACGACAUUACUUCGAAGCUCGGAGACUACAGCGUUGGAGACUCCGUAUGUGGUGCUGCUGGAUCAAUGCUGUCAGCUGUCCACCGGGUUUGAGCCACUCUGGCAUUUUCACCAUCCACACAAUAACAUUUCGCUUACCAUGAAUAUUGGUGCAAACAAAUGUAAUAAGCGAUUUGGCAGGGUCACCUUUGAAAUCGAGGCUGCUGGCGUAUGUCAUGGAAUCGCGGGAUAUUUUGAAAGUAUACUCUACGAUGAUGUGGAGUUGUCCACUGUACCGGAUACGAUUGCGCUCAAGUCCCCAGAGAUGCAAUCUUGGUUUCCCAUCUUCUUCCCACUCAAGACUGCAAUUCAAGUGCCUGCAGAAUCGACCAUGGAAGUGUGUUUUUGGCGUGAAACGGAUGGUAAAAAAGUGUGGUACGAAUACUGCGUCGAGAUUUUGUAUGCCGGUGCCAAGAUUUAUUCGAGUGCCAUCCACAAUCGAUUUGGCAGAGCAAAUGCUGCUUUACUGUGAGCGGGCUACACAUCUUGCAAGCGCUUCCUCUUUAAAUUGCUUGGCAGCUCGGAUCAAGCGAAGUUCUUUUCCGAGUUUCAACAUUGACAGUUCGACCGCCUCUGCAACGCAAAUUGGCUGUGCCAGUGCUUUUUCGAACGAGCACUUCUUUGCUCCUCGGAGUUCAUCUGUUGAUAUGACCGGAUCGUGUGCUCGUUUCAUUCUUCUUCUCAACCUCGGCAAUGUCGGAACAAUGCUCUGAGCCGUCUCAAGUACAGCUGACCUUCCUUGGGAUGUUGGUCGUUAAGGCUUUCA